AUGGCAAUGCCGGAAACAAUCCCUAUCACUACUCCCAGUGCUCAAGUUGUUGGCAAUGCCUUUGUUGAGCAAUAUUAUCACAUUCUUCACCAAUCCCCAAAUUUGGUGCACAGGUUUUAUCAGGAUUCAAGUUUCUUAACCAGAUCAGACAACAAUGGUGUGAUGACAACUGUGACAACUGUACAAGAAAUCCAUGAAAAGAUUAUUUCCCUGAAUUAUGAAGAUUAUACAGCAGAAAUAAAAACUGCAGAUGCUCAGGAGUCGCAUAAGGGAGGUGUGAUAGUUUUAGUAACUGGAUGCUUAACUGGGAAGGAUAACGUGAGAAGGAAGUUCUCACAGACAUUCUUUCUGGCUCCUCAAGAAAAAGGAUAUUAUGUCUUAAAUGAUGUCUUUAGGUACAUUGAGGAGAGUGAUGCCCCACAGUUAAAUUCUACCUCAGUAAAUGUCAUCAAUGAAACUGCUGAGACAGUGCAUGAGCCAGAACCAGAGGAAACAAAUGCUCCCAAACAUCUCGUGGAAGAUACUGCAACUUCAACUUUGGCAGAGGAUGAAAACUUUAAUAAUGGCAGUGAAGUUUAUCAUCCUCAGGAUGAGGAAGAAGGAUCAGUUAUUGAUGAAGAGGUCGCUGAACCCCCUACUGACUUAAGUCAGAAUGAUACUGUUUCAGUUCAUGAUUCAACUUCUGCUGUUCAGGAUGAUGCACCAAGGAGAUCAUAUGCAUCCAUUGUAAUGAAAAGUAAUGUAGCAACUGGCCACGUAUACGUUCCCAGCAAAGCUGCAAGAGUGGCAUAUGCUAAAUCCAGUGAACAAUGGCCUAAUACUGCCAAAUCAACCCCUGCGUCUGAGUCAUUUGUUCCUGUUAGUGAUAGUGCACCUGGGAGUAGUGACCUUCAAGAAGAAGUUGAAGGUCACUCCAUAUACAUACGGAACUUGCCCUUUAAUGCAACAGUUGAGCAACUUGAAGAAGUCUUCAAGAAAUUUGGUGCUAUUAAGCAUGGUGGUAUCCAAGUUAGAAGUAGCAAGCACGGAUUCUGUUUUGGCUUUGUUGAAUUUGAGGAAUUGAGUUCCAUGCAAAGUGCACUUGAGUCUUCACCUAUCACUGUUGGAGAGCGACAAGCUGUUGUAGAGGAAAAGAGAACUACUACACGAGUCAGCGGUAGCGGGAGAGGGAGAUAUCCUUCAGGACGAGGAGGUUUCCGAAGCGACAAUUUCAGGGCACGUGGGAAAUUUGGGGGUGGACGAGGUUAUGGCAGAAACGAAUUCAGAAACCAAGGAGAAUUCUCAGGACAACCUCGGAGUUCUCAACGGCCAAAUCAAAAUGGAGGUGGGCGUGGUGGUGGACGUCAAGGUGUGGGGAACCGUAAUUCUACACCACCUUCUUCAGCAGCAUGA